AUGGCAGUGGUUGCCAAGGGCAGGGGUCCAUGGGCUCGCAUCCUUAGUGUAUGGAGCAUGGGCAGGGCCAGUACUGUACAUUACACACGGAAUGUUUCCACAUUCUCUGCUUCUGGGCUUGGAUCCUUCUGUGCUCGUAGAACCAUCUUAACUCCUAGACAGUUUUUCAGUUUCCAGAGGCAUUUCUCCCCUAUCUCUCCGGCACAAAGAGAGAGGGCAGUCCGUGACCUGCUGGCUGAGGUAGAAAGGGAGAAGCAGAGGGAGAGGGACGAGAAGAGAAGGGCUGGGGAGGAGGCGGUCGAUGAUGAGAAUGAGGAGGACUACAUGGGUGUUGGAUCACUAAUUGAGAAGUGGGAAAAACGGAUUGCCAAGGAUCCAGGGGACGACGAAGCAUGGGAGAUUCCCACCGACUCAGACAGCGAAGAUGAUGAGCGCUUCUCACCUCAGGAAGUAAAAAAGCGUGUUGAGGAGUUUGAGAAGAAACACAAACGCCACGAGGAGCUUCUCCUCAAGUUUGCUGAGGCUGGUGAGCAACAAAAAUUGGAAUUGUUCUCAUUUUGUAUACCCAUAUAAGCUGUGAUGACUUCUAUUGGUUUAAUUUCAGUUGGCAACGUCAAUCAUGACAUAUGCUGGAAAACAGAUCUGUAAAUUGCCACUUUAUGCUGGCAUUUCAAGUAUAUAAUUAAUGCUCUCACUAAAUUUUGUGUUGUUUAUUUUCUCUGCAUACUUCUGCCACUCCAGUUGUACCUUUUGUUUUUGUUUGUACUGAACAAAAUUAAAAAAACUGAUGGCUCAAUUUAAUUAUUUUGUACAUAUAUAAAGUUAGUUUUCUUGCUUGGAAUACAUGUAGAAUCAUGCUACCUGGAGCCAUCCAAAGAGACAAUAAGAUUAAAGGAUACAUAAAGUGUAUUUAUUUAAGACAGGUGGAUAAACCCUUGUCAUUUUUUUCCUGAGAUAAAACAUCGUGUCCUCUGGAGAACAUCUUUUAAUGGGUAUUUUUGUCGAUCUUCUUGAUGAAUUAGCUGAUAUCAUCUCCGAAAAUUGUUUUCUAGCAGCCUCUAUGGACGAUAUUCUUUUAUCUCCAAUCUCCACUUCUCCAAGUGAUUGGGUGUCUUGUAGGAAGAUGUGGUAUUCUGGUUUAGAAUGGUACUUGAACAUCCCAGUUUGGCAUUAUGUUUUUCUUGGUGGGACAGGAUGUGGGUUGCUGAGCUUCAAAAAGGACAGGAUUAUAAUUGUUUACCGGAUUUUAUUUUAGCCUUGUUCCUCCAUUGUCUCCAAGGACCUAUUCCUUGUUUCUGUUAAUGCACCUGUUGACUUUAACCAUUUCUCUAUCCCGGAAUUCAAGGCUUCAGCUGCAUUAUUCUUUGUUAACUUAAUCAGCUUCAGUUUCGUAUCCACUAGGAUGAUGUUUGGAACUCAUUACAGGUUUCCUUGCUUUCUUAUGGAAUUACUUCGCCCCUAAUCAAAUCCCAAGUAAUAAUUUACCAUCUGUUCCUUAGUAGAAAGUUAAUUUCGGUUUUAGGGGAAAGGCACAAUAUUUACAAAUGAUUUAUUGUCAUUGAAGUAUAUGCUAUUGUUAACAAGAAAUACGAGAUUGUACUAGGAUAUGACUGCAGGGCUAUUGAAUUCUUUAUGUCACGCCGUACCAUAUUACCUUGGAAUCGUUCAUAUGCUUCGUUGUUUGAAUGAUCUAAGUCUAUGCAUCAAUCAUUUAUCUGGAAAUCAUUGAUUUUUCUGUCAUAUGCACAUUUAGAAAGCAGUGGUUUUGUCCAUCACAAGUAUUUGCAGUCUAGUGACUUGUAUCCCUCUGUCGUGUGUAACCCAUUACAGAAACUCUUGAUGAGUCCCACAAAUGGAUGACCAAGAUUGACAAGUUUGAACAGAAAUAUUUAAGGCUGCCAUUAGAGUACAGGGUCAUAGGAGAUUUGAUGAACCGUCUGAAGGAUGCCACUGACAAGGAGAAAUUUAUCCUCCAGCAUAAGCUGAACCGAGCUGUCAGGUUGAUGGAUUGUAAGGAAGCCUAUGACCCUAACGAUCCUGCUAAUUAUGGAGCUAUUCGCCAUUCACAAGUUGGCCCUUCAGUUGAUCAGUUGAAAUAUACCGACUUCCAAAAGGAGAAGAAGAUGAUCCAAGGGGCUGAUUUGGACGAAGAGGACGAUGACGACUUUAGUGAGAUAAAAGAGAAGGAUGAUAAACUUUUAGAGAAGCUUAAUGAUAUUGACAAAAAGCUCGAAGAGAAGCUAGCAGAACUCGAUCAUACGUUUGGAAAGAAAGGAAGAGCACUAGAAGAGGAAAUCAAAGAGCUGGCUGAUGAGAGAAGUGCAUUGACAGAGAAAAGUAGAAGGCCUCUUUAUCGAAAAGUAAGUCCAGACAUCAUUUUCACAUUAUUUUGUCCAAUCAAGUAAUAAAUGCCCCAUAUUACUUGUUUUUUCGAAGAAAAAAAAAAUGCAAUUGUUCCAUCUGUAUUGCGUAGGGAGAGUCGGGCUUGGCUUUCCAUUUACAGAACCUGCCAUUCAACCGCUUUUAUGAUAGGAUGGUUGCUUGAUUUAAUACUUCGAUAUAACUUCAAGAUCCUGACUUCAUGGAUAGAUCGUAUUCUUAACCUCUUUUAUUUGUAAUUUGUCAAUCGAAGCAUGUUCGUAUGUUAGUUGUCAUAGUAUCAUGCUUAAGAUUUUACUCAAUGAUUUAUCAAAGUGUGGGUGUGAGCAUACUUCUUCAUAAAUAAUGAACAGAAACAUUUUUUUUGUUUAUUCGUCUCAAUUUCGGUUUUGCUCGCUGUCGUAAAUGAUUAGCUUGAGGUUGAACUUGUACCUAAGUCAGAACUAGAAUUAGGAAAGGAUUGAUAACAAAUUAUUUUCUUUUGCCUCUCAUCAACUGAUGAUGGACUUUCUACUCACUCAAACUACCUUAUUGCCCAUAGGCACAGUCAACUAUAGAAUAUGCUCCAGGAGAGUCAGAACAGCUCUCUUUAGCUAGAGGCCGCACUUUAUGGGAUAAACCGUGCAUUUCUAAAUACAAUAAUAAUAGCCAACUUCCAUUCUCGACUAAUAUGCUGCAACUCGUUGCUGUUGGAUUUUAUUGAGGCAGUUUAUGGAGGAAUCGGGCUAAUAAUUUCUUGUUUAACUUGUUGUUCCCUCAGUACUUGAAAUGUUAAUUCUUAUUCCUCGCUGUGUUUUUCCCUAAUCUUAAUGAAGAACCACACUAAUCUUCAUUUUAGUGAUGACACCAUAGGAAUAGGCCAUGCUUGCUCUUUGAUCAUUGGGGAGUGCCUGCCUUUUUUCUCUCAUACAGCUGGCAUUGCUAAUUUCAAUUCCUCCAAAAAAUGUGUUUCCUGCCUCGUUGAUAGUUUUUUAUUCUUCCGUUUAAUGAAUGUGUGCAUCUAUUCCUUCAUCAUUGGAUACAUUCGCUCGAAGUAAAACAAAUACGUUGCAUGAUUGCAGGGAUUCGAUGUGAAGGUUGUCGAUGUCAAUCGCACGUGUAAAGUUACAAAGGUGAUGAAGAUUAUCGAAUUUUAUUGUUGUUAUUUGAGUUAUUUUCCUCCUUUUUUGGAAUGCUGAACGCUAAAUCACCAUUCUGGUUAUCAUUUUAUCUGAAAAAAAAUGCCCAAAAAAUAUGAAAUCGUGUUGCUUUUUUUUUUAGUUUUGAUUACAUUUGAAAAGCCUGGUCCCUCUCAAUUGUUUUAUUGAAGAAGGUAGAAUAGUUUAAUCUUGUUUUUGAGAAAAACGAUGGACAGGGUUUUUUGGGCUUGACUUUAAUGUACUCAAGAGUAAGAUGUUUCAAUAAAUUCUUCAUCAAAUAUUUCUGCUCUUACUAUUUUAGGGAGGGCAAUUGACCAAGUACACUGCAUUGUUAGCAUGUGGGAACUUCAAUGGAGUUAUAGGUUUCGCCAAGGCAAAGGGCCCGACACCUCGAAUUGCAAUUCAAAAGGUAAUCCAUAGUAUUUAUAUAUUCCCACUAAUAAUUUUUUAUCACCCUUUGGCAACAUUUUCUCCAUGUUUCUUCUUUCUUUCUUAUCACCAAUUCCAGUACCUUGUUUGCUUUAGAAUAUAUGUUGUCCUUUUUUCCUUAUUUCUUUCGAUUCUCUCUCUCUCUCUCUCUCUCUCUCUCUCUCUCUCUGUGUGGCUUCCAGGAAUAUAUAUGCAUAUAUUUUUCAAAUGAAUUAACUUGUUGAUAGAAAUAGAGAGUGCAUGAAGGAGAGAGAGGAAGAGAGAAAUAAAGGGCUUGCCCAAAAACCCUAAUCGAGAGACUCUGGUAUUUAUACCAGAGUCUCAAGCAACCUAGAUGGGCUGAUAGGGCCCAUACCCAUAUGAGUAGAUAUGGUCACAACCUAGGGUCACAAGCUAGAGCAUAUACAUCAUAUGCACCUUGCAUGUUACAUAGAAAUUGUACUCUGACCAUUUAGAGACCUGGCGAACAGAUAUGCAAGUUGAUCUACAGAGUUAAUGUGGAUUGUGGUGAUAAGUUACACUAAGAUCUUCGCUUUGAUGAAGUGACAAUCAACUUCAAUGUGUUUUAUCCCCUUAUGAAGCACAUGAUUAGAAGAAAUAUAAAAUGUCACCCGAUUAUCACAUUUGUGCAUCAUAUAACCUUCAUGAAGAAAAUCAAGUUCUUCAAGAAGAUGCCUAAUCCGUUUAAGUUCACAUAUGGUAUGUGCCAUUACCCUUUAUUCUGAUUCAACACUUGACUGUGAUAUCACAUAUUGUUUCUUUCUUUCCUAAGAAAUAAGAUUGUCACCAAGGAAAAUUCAAUAGGUAGUAAUAAAUCUCUUGUAUAGAUUGCAACCAGCUCAAUCAGCAUAUGAAAAACCUUGCACUGUGAAGUGACCAUUAUUCUUAUAUAUCAGUCCUCUACUUGAUUUACCUUUGAGAUACCUCAAUAUCCGCCUGACUGCAUUAGGAUGCUUAGUGUGUGGUGGUUCCAUGAAGUGACUCACCACUAGAAGAAGAAGAGAUAUGGCCGAGUGAUAGUCAAAUAAUUUAGUUUACCAACUGAAUGUCUUUACCUCCCUGAAUCAUCUAACAUGUCACCUUCAUGAAAUGCUAACUUCAAGUUAGGGUUCAUAGGAGCAGUAGUUGGCCUUGUACCUACCUAGCAUACGUGCCUCUAUGAGAAGGUCAAAGAAAUACUUUUGUUGAUUUCAAUCUUCAGAAAGUAUUUGAGAUUACCAAGGUCCUUGGUUGUAAAUUGCCCUUGUAAGAGAUCCUUGAGUUGAUGUCAUCAGCAUAUACAAUCAACAAAAUACAACUAACGAAUGAAUGUCUAUAAAAGAUAGAAUAAUCAACCCCGUAUCUUUGAAGACCAAAGUACAAUAUAAUAUUACUGAAUGGACUAAACCAAGUACGUAGAGAGAUUUAUGUAGGCGACAAACCAAGCUAGACUCUACUUGAGCAACAAAACUUGCUGGUUGCUUCAUAGAAAUCUCUUCUUAUAAGUCAUCAUGAAGGAAUACAUCCCUGAUAUCUAGCUGAUGUAGGGGUCUCAAGAGAUUGAACAGCUAAUAUCAAGAAAAUUCAGACUGAAGUAAUUUUGGCAAUUGGAGAGAAUGUCUCAACAUAAUCUUCAUGUUAUAUUUGGGUUUAGUCUUUGGCCAUCAAAUGAGCUUUUAAUCUGUUCAGAUAACUAUCUGGGCCAACUUUAACAUUGAAUACUCAUUUGCACCCAACAAUAGAUUUACCAUACCGUCAUAAAACUAGAUAUCAUGUGCCAUUCUACUUGAGAGUGGUCAUCUCUUCCUCCAUAGUUAUAUGCUGCCCGAGUUGGCCUAGUGCUUUUGAAACAAAGGUAGAAUAAACUAGAGCUAGGUGAGAAUAGGAGAUAAAAUCAGACAUAGGGUGAAGGGUGCACUUGGGUAAUUGUUGGGCAAGUUUACAGAAUUAUCUGUCGCAUACAUACAUGUGAUAGGGGGUUGACUACGAUCACCUAUUGGAGCACGAGACUCAACAUGAUUAUCACCUAUUAGAGGACCAAUAGUAGAUAUUCACUCAAGAACUACUAGUAGUGGUAAUAGUAUAAUUAAAAAAGGAUGUACCUUCGAAGAAUGUAACAUUAGCUGAAGCAAUGUGAUGACCAAGUGAUGGACUAUAACACUUAUCUCCUUUUUAACACAAGAAUAUCCUAAAAAGAUGCAUAUUAUAAAUUUGGGGCCUAGUUUAUCCUGAUGAACUCGUAGUCUACGGAUGAAACAAACACAUCCAAAUAUUUUAGGUGGAAUAUUAUAUAAUGGUUCUUUUGAGUGAAGAACAGAGUAUGGGAUCUUGUUGUCUAGAAUAGAAGAUGGCAUGCAGUUGAUUAGAUAAGUGGCUAUAAGUACAACAUAUUCUCAAAAUUCUAUAGGAAUGUGCAUAGGUAAAACAAGUGUAGGGGAAGUUUCAAUAAUGUAUCUAUUUAUUUUAUUUUUCUCAAUGACUCUAUUUUUUUAAGAGAUAUGAUAACAUAAUGACUGAUGAACUAGUCCAUGGUGGGUUUAGUAAUGUGUAGAACAAAAAGAAGAAUUAAAAUAUUAUUUUACAUCACUAAAACAUAAUAUAUUAAUAGUUUUGUCAAAUUGGUUUUUUUAAUUUAGCAUAGAAUAUGCAAAAGAUAGAUAAGAAUUUGGAUCUAUCUUUCACGAGAUACAUACAACCAUGUGACAUGAAUGGUCAUCAAUGAAAGUAACAAAAUAUCUAAACCUUAAUUUAGAUGUGACCCAACUCGAACAUCAUACAUCUGAAUGAACUAAAUCAAAGAUUGACCUCACUUGAUUAUAAGCACAUGAUCCAGAACUAGAACGCUGGCAUUCACCUAACUAACAACUCUAAGUUAUCUAGACCAAUAAGAUUGGGAGCUAAUUACUUGAGCUUAUCAAGAGACAUAGGACCUAAUCGAAAACUGUGAACUGUGAAUUGUGAACUGUGAACUGUGAACUGUGAACUUGGCAGGCAUAUGAAAAGUGCUUCCAAAACCUUCACUAUGUGGAAAGGCACGAGGAGCACACCAUUGCCCAUGCAGUCCAGACGAAGUACGAGAAGACAAAGGUAUUCGAGAUAUUUCCCUUUCUAUCUUCUUUCCUCACUCAAGAAAUUUAUCACUUAUUUAAUAUAUUUAUAUUUUAUACUACGACCUCAGAUCUGCCUCUGGCCUGCUCCCACCCGAUCGGGGGUUGUAGGCGCAUCCAAGACAGUGGAGACUAUCCUGUUCUUGGCCGGCUUUAAAAACGUGAAGUCAAAGGUGAGCUUUUUCUGUUGACUCCAUGAUCAGGGAAUAACAUGAGUUUCAUUUAAUUCAUGGAAAUUUUAUAGGUGAUCGGCUCCAGGAACCCACAUAACACCAUUAAGGCCCUCUUUAAAGCGUUGAAUGCCGUGAGUUGGCUCUCUCUCUCUCUCUCUCUCUCUCUCUCUCUCUCUCUCUCUCUCUCUAACAUGGCUUUUAUUCAUGAGGGAGACUUACUGCAUGGCUUUUUUCCCACUUUGGCAGAUCGAAACUCCCAAAGAUGUUCAAGAGAAGUUCGGGCGAACGGUGGUGGAAUCCUACUUGCUGUGA